CAUGCCUGACUCAAUACCUCACUCUGCCGCCAAUGACCCGUCUCAUGGCUCGUUGCAGCAGAGCUUACAUGCGUCUCCUCACCCUGGGAGCCAAUCAGGGCAGCAGCUCCACCACAGCGGACCGCCUCAGCCGUCGCGGCAGGCUCCGCCCCCUCAGCAGCAGCAGCCGCCCCCACCGCCGCAGCAGCAACAGCAGCAGCAGUCCGGCCCUAACAACCAUCCCCAUGGCGACCUGUCCUUCAACCCAUCCAACAGUUUGGACGGCCAAGCGGGGUCGGACAUGCCGGAGCCAUCUUUAGACCUUCUUCCAGAGCUCGCAAACCCAGACGAGCUGUUGUCGUACCUGGACCCCCCGGACCUCCCCAGCAAUAGCAACGACGACCUUCUAUCGCUCUUCGAAAACAACUGAGGCCAUUCAGACACAUAUGAACUUCUCUGACAGCCUGCAGUUUCCCUGAGAACCCAGGGCGCUCGCUCAGUACUUGACAAACACAAAGAUGCACUCCCUUUCUCUUCUUCCUCUUGUACAGUUUUCAUUCGCCAGCGCAGAUUGACUGAAAGAGGUUAAAACACAAAGACACGGCAGGAUGGAAGGGGGCGGGGUCAGGGGUCGGCCCCGCCCUCUCGCUCCCUGUUGCGAUACCUAUGAACUGUGCAGCUAUACUCAGUUGAUUUUUUUAUGCCACACACAGGUGUUUGUGUGCACAUUAGGAACGUGUUGUAGCAUUUUUAACCAUGUUUUGUUCCUUUUGAGAAAAAAGGAAUUCACUGUAAAGAGAAAAAGAAAAAAAAAAAAAAACCUGCGCUAUCUGGCCGGUGUGCAUUUCUGUCCAUGUAAUGUUAUUCCAGUCUGAGAGGCCACAGCUUCCUGUUGUCACAGCUCCAUUCCCUCACUGGUUAGUCUGGUUCUGUUCUGUUCUCCACACAUUACGUAAAAAGCACAAGAGAUUUCGGCAAUGCAAAAAAACAAAACAAAACAAAAAAAAAAAUCUGUCUUUA